UUUAGGUCUGUAAAAGGUUAGUUCCUUGCAGGGCAUAGUUUUGAAUUUCUCAGGGAAGAUUUCAGCUAGAGAGAUAAUGCCUCUGAAGAAGGUGACAGCUGUGCAUCCACAUCCCUACAUUCCCACUGCACAAGAUCAAGAUAGUGUCCUGGGUAAGGAUGUCCUUUGGGAUCAAGAAACCCUCCUAGAAGAAGAGAAACUUCUUGAUGUUGAGACUUCUCGACAGCGUUUCAGGUGUUUUCGAUACACAGAAGGGGCUGGACCCAUUGAAGUCCUGAACCAACUUCAGGCACUUUGUCUUCAGUGGCUGAGGCCAGAAAUUCAUACGAAGGAGCAAAUCCUGGAGCUACUGGUGCUGGAACAAUUCCUGACCAUCCUGCCUGGGGAAAUCAGGACUUGGGUGAAAUCACAUAAUCCGAAGAAGAGUGAGGAGGUGGUGGCUUUGGUAGAGGAUUUGGCCCAAAUGCUAGAGGAAGGAGCUCUCCCUUCUAAGGACUCUGCACUUGCCCAAGAGGGGAAUACUGAGGAGGGACACAGUUCUAUAUUUUUAACAGACAGGGCCCAGGAAGCACUGACUUUCCAGGAUGUGGCUGUGGAUUUUACCUGGGAAGAAUGGAAGCAACUGGACCCUGCUCAGAGAGAUCUGUAUAGGGAUGUGAUGCUGGAGAACUAUCAGAACUUGAUGUCUCUAGGUCUUCCUGUCUCCAAACCAGACAUAAUCUCCCAGCUGGAGCAAGAGGCAUCAUGGGGCCUGAAGCGAGACGUUGCCAAUGGUUCCUGUCUAGAUUGUGGGACUAGACAUCAGACCAAGGAAUCAUAUUCAAAGCAAGAUUUAUCUGGUGAAAAAUCAUCCCAGGAAAGACUGACAAGGGGUGGUCCUGAGGAGAUGGUAAGAGAUUGCGAGUAUGGUGGCAAAUUUAAGACAAAACAGCAGAGGAACCUGGAAAGAGAUUCAAGGCAAGUACUGAUCACCCACAAUACAGUGAAAGAUCAUGAGUUUAAUACAAUGCAGAGAAAUUGCAGUCUGAGGCCAAUCCUUGUGACACAACAAACUGUGCCUACAGAAAAGAUUUUCUAUCAACAUAACACACGGGAAAAGACCCUCAAGAAGUUGUCUGACCUAAUUAAACGUAAUAGAAUUGCCUCAGGGAAGGAAUCUUAUAAAUAUACAGAAUGCAGUAAAGCCUUUAGUUACCAGUCAGAUAUUAUUCAGUAUCCUACAAUACCUACUGAAAAGAAAUCCCACACAUGUAAUGAAUAUGGGGAAGACUUUAGUCAAAGGAAAUACCUGAUUCAACCACAGAAAAGUCAUAUUGGAGAGACUGAUAAUGAUAACGAGUGUAGGAAUGUCUUCAGCCAGAUGGCAUACCUGGAGGAAAUUGAUCCUGGACAGGAACCCUAUUUAUACAGUGACUGUGGGAAAACCUUCUCUGAUGAUUCAUCUCUUAUUAAACCUCAGAGGAUUUGUGUAGGAGAAAAGUCACACAAAUGUGAUGAGUGUGUGAAAGCUUUCAGUGCCAAGUCAUCUGUUAUUGAACAUCAGAUAAUCCAUAGUAGGAAAAAAUCCUAUAUAUGUAAUUCAUGCGGAAAAACAUUUCACCAGAGCACAAAUCUUAUAAACCAUAGGAGAAUUCACACUGGAGAGAAACCCUAUAAAUGUAAUGAAUGUGGACAGGCCUUUAGCCAGAGCUCAUCCCUUACUGAACACCAGAGAAUUCACACUGGUGAGAAGCCCUAUCAGUGUAAUGUGUGUGGAAAAGCUUUUAGUCAGGGGAGGAGCCUUACUCAACAUCAGAGAAUUCAUACUGGAGAGAAACCCUAUAAAUGUACCAAGUGUGGUAGAGCCUUUAGUCAGGUUGCUAAACGCAUCAAGAAGAAACUUGACUUAAAAAAAUUAUGGGCCAAGCUCAUUAUUGACUUUGAGCACAACAAUAUUGGCAAAUUUGAUAGAUUUGCCUCAGAGGAUCCACCCAACGUGCUGGCAGCCUUCCUUGCUUUCUCUCGACAUUGUGAGAGUAUUAAUAGAGAGGCUUAUCCCAUAUCCCCGCGCCCCAGCAGCUCCUGCACCAGAUCCUUUCAAAGCUCAGUUUCAGAGGCGUGUGAGGCUUUUCCAGCUCUUCCUAACUCCAGCCCGACCGGACGCCCUCCCCCAACCAUUGCACACCCGCAGAUUACUGCCGGAUCGAGCCUUGCUCAUACUCUCGCAGGCCCCUAA